CAUGCCGCAUAAAUGUGAUUUUGGAUAAAUUGAAUCUUUUUUUUUCGUUUUUUAGUUCAAAAUAAUCAUCUUUUUUGAAAAAAAACAAUGGCAUUACAAUCAUCAACAUUGAAAAUAAAUCAUGCAUGUGAAAGUGGUAAAAAAUUUGCCGAAUUAUUUUAUGAACAAUUGGAUAAAAAUCGUCAUCUAAUUGGUCAACUAUAUCAUGAUACGGCAACAUUAAUUUGGAAUGGUAAUCAUAUUGUUGGUAAAGCAAAUAUUGUACAAUUUUAUACAAAUCUACCUGGUAUUGAUACAAAUUUAAAUGGUAUCGAUUCACAACCAGUAUCACCGAUUAUAUCAAAAGAUCAUACCAGUAUAUUGGUUACAUGUAAUGGUCGUAUGGCAAUUAAUCGUCGACAACAACAUUUUAAUGAAUCAUUUAUGUUGAUUGCUGAAAAUAAUGUUUGGAAAAUUGUAACCGAUACAUUUCGAAAUUAUUAAUUUCAAAAAAA